AUGACUGAUUCGAAUAUCGAGUCGUACUUCCUCUCGUUGGAAUUCUGGUACUCUGCUUCUGGUUUCGGCGCGCAGACUCAGUACGAUACGCGCAAAUAUAAUAUUGUUAUGGCACAAUUCCCUCCGAACAAAUUAACGGAGCUGCGUUCGAUAAUCGACAAUGUGCCGACCACCGAAAAGUACCCGUACAUUAAGAAGAAGCUCACGGAACAUUUCGCCGACAGCCAGCCUAGACGUUUGCAGCGGGUUCUGUCGGAUAUGCUGCUCGGAGACAUGAAACCCAGCCAGCUGUUCAACGAGAUUAAGCGUGUUGCUGGAAAAUCUCUCGGCGAGACGGUGCUGAUGGAUUUGUGGGCUACUAGACUGCCACCCCACGCUCAAGCUGCUGUGAUCACAUCAAAGGGUGGCGCCGCUGAGAAGACGACUAUCGCGGAUGCCAUCGUCGAAUCGAUAGGUCUUCGUAACAUCCACGCCAUCGACAUGGAGGCGCAUCAGACACCAUCGUCAUCAACACACGUGGCGGAUAAACCAACGCAAGGCACCAUCGAAGCCCUUCAUCGUGAAAUUGCACAGCUAUCGAGCAAACUCGAAAAAAUAUUUUCUGCACGUGGUGCGGGCGGUUAUCGAGGGCGAUCGCGUUCACGCUCACGUGAUCGUGAAAAGUCAACAUUCGUUUCCCGUGAUAAAACGCCGUCGGAUGAACAGUGCUGGUACCAUCGUAUUUUUGGACAUGACGCGCGGCAGUGUCGGAAACCGUGCUCAUUCGGCCAGCCAUCGUCGUCUGGCACAGCGAGCAAACAGUGGCGCCAGAUGUUGGAUUCGUCGUUGGAGGUAGGCGAACUUUCUGACGACACGAACAAUAUUUUUCGCCUGAAAAUCACGGACACGACCACCAGCAUGCAGUUUCUGAUCGACACCGGGGCCGAUGUGUCGGUCAUUCCAAGAGGUACUAGUUCAAGCCGUAUGAAACCAACCACGAUGAAGUUGUUCGCCGCCAACGGGACAGCAAUCAAGGUCUACGGUGAAGCUCUUCUGAAGGUGAUUCUUGGACUUCGUCGUGAGUUCUUGUGGACAUUCCUGAUCGCUGACGUCACAUCUGGAAUUAUCGGUGCAGAUUUCAUUUGCAAUUUCGAUUUGUUGAUCGAUCUCAAACGCAACCGCCUGAUCGACAACACCACAACUCUCGAAUCGGCCGAAGUGCUUGCGCAAACGAGUGAGUACUCCAUUAAAACAUUCAGUUCAGUAUCACCGUACGCUGAAAUGUUGGCCGACUACCAAAGCAUCACACGACGCGCUCCAUCAGGCACGGAAAGCCAAUCAUCAAUAGUUCAUCGCAUCGAGACCACCGGACAGACCGUCUACGCCAGGCCACGACGUCUGCCACCGGACAAGCUCGAAGCCGCCCGUGCCGAGUUCGAACAUCUCAUGAAGCUCGGGAUCUGCAAACUGUCCAGCAGCAACUGGGUCAGUCCGCUGCAUAUGGUGAAGAAAGCUAAUGGUUCUUCGCGCCCGUGCGGGGAUUAUCGUGCCCUCAACGCUCAGACCGUGCCCGAUCGAUACCCGCUUCCGUACCUUCAGGACUUUUCUGCAAGGUAA